AUGAAAAAGCAAACGAAAGGAGAAUCUGAUCUUUUGAUUGAAUCAAUGCAGAAACUGAUUGAUCAUAUGAAUGAUAGUAAAUAACAUUAAGAGGAGAUCUUUCAAUCUCUUACACCAAUUGAUGUUUAAAAAAUACUUACAAAUUUUGAGGAUAAAAAUUAAGUAAUGAGAAAGACAUCUGCAGCAUUUUUAUGUGAACUAGUUUUUGAUAAUCCAACAGUUUAGAAAGGAUUUUGUGAGGUUUCAAAUAUUUUACCUAUGGAUGGCAAAAUUUGUGUAAACAAAAUACCAUAAUCAUUGUUGAGUCAGUCCAAGCAUUUGGCUGAGAUAUUCGAGACAAUUAAAAGUGCUUAGAUUCCAUUUGAUAAUGAGUUAAAUUAUCCUUUAUGUUGGUAUUUUGAGAAUUAGAGAGACAAGGUGUGGAAGAAAGGUGUAAAGUUCAUUAAAUUUGAGAAAAGCAAUAAUGGUGCAAAGAGUAGAAUAGAGAAGUUCAUAGAUCCAUAAUUGCAUCUGUUUGGUUUUAUAAUAGCAAAUAAGAAAGAGGUUUAAUAGCAGUAGGAUGAAAUAAAGAAAGCAACGAUAUAAACGAGACAAUAGUAGAGUGUGUCCACUUAUGAAUAGAAUGUGAAACGAAUACCUAAUGUGUAGAAAGUAAGACCGAAUUCAGGACAGUCUCCAAUUCAAUCAGUGAGUCCAAUAGUAAAAAGAUAAAGAAUGAUGAAUGCCUCUGUAGAUUAUGAUACAUGUGGAAACAAAUCAACUCUUGGGAAAACAAUGAUAGAAACAGAACAAUUACAAACAAUAAGUGAGGUUGAUAGACCGAAAUCGAAAGCCGAUACUAAGAAGAGUAAUAAUGUUUCAAAUAUCUAGAAGAGAUUUAAGUGA